AUGCCUAGACUAGUAUAUAUUCUUCGUCAUGUGACAGCUAAAAAUAGACAUGAUGUCAAAAGAAUUUUGGACCUAGACGUGAUCGGUAAAUGGCCUGAUCAAUUAAAAGAUGCUGUGAAUGGAUUGGUGCUACAUAAUAAUGGAAUUGUGGGGAUUCCUAAUGCCCAGCAGACCAAUGUAAAUAUCCAAAAUGUUACCAACCUUACUCAUAAACAGUUUAUAACAGAUGAUGGAACAGAGCUUUUAUUAAGACACACAGCUGAUGUAAUGGAGGUUGUAAAUUGUUAUUUCGAUGUUUCUCAAACCAAAGCGUGGAAAAGUGUUCUUAACACAGACAAAAUAGCGUUUGUGGUUGGCUUUUCGGGAUAUUUUAAGAAGUCGAUUAUUCUAAACUUUUACGAGAAAUACAGGUCUCGAGUUGAUGUAUUUAGAUUGAAUGGUCCUGAAGAUUGGAAGAUUUGUUCAAAGAGUACCAAGCCUUUUGCAAUUUUCAUGGAAGAUGCUUUUGGACCUCUUGGUACCCAGUUUGAAAGUAUUUCACCUUUUAUCAAAGAUCUAUCAACUUUAAGAAAUUUAGAGGCAGCACUUUUUUUAUUGGAUCCUCUUUCAUUCGAACGAAACAAAGAAAGUCUAAAAAAUUGCAUAAAACAUGGUUUACCUGAUUACGUGGUAAAUUUGGAAGAAGAAGAUCAUUUAUUGAGUAAAGAUGAAAAACGUGAAAUUCUCAAAAAAUCUUCAGAGCUUGUAAAAACAAACGGUCGCUUUUUGACAAAUCAGGAUAUUGAUGACAUAUUGGGUAUGGCGGAAAAUCCUAUAUUUUUAGAUACUUGUGAAGAAUUUGUUAUUUACAGCAGACACGAUGAGAAUGUGCUUCAGUUGUUUUCCUUGCCAUUGGAUUGCUUUAUCAAUGAUAUUAAGUUUUUAAAAGAAAAAUGGCCAGAUGGAUAUCAUGUGUUACGUUUAGUUGCAUUCCAUGAAGUUUUUGAUGAAUCUGAAAAAGGAGAACUUGCUGAAGUUUUAAGGCAAAGCAUUGAUGGAAAUUUAUCACAGAUUUUAGAUCAAUUAGUAGGUUCGUAUCUAAAAAUCCAAAACGAUGAAGCUGAUGAUUCUCACGAUAAUUUAUAUGCUUUAAAGUUUGCCUUCCGUCAUCGCAUGAUGCAAUAUGCUGUUUUAUGUACAGAAAGUAUUAAGGCGUUCUUAAUCAAACAUUGUCCCAUUGGCUUUUUGGUCGAUGUCGUAGCGAAAAUGACUAAUAUGCGUAAAACUUCGUUUGAAAAUGAAAAUUGUAGCAUUGUUAAACGUUUCAUUCAAGAAAUUCUGAAAGGUAAGCAUGUGGCUACUGUUGUCAUCCAUGAAAUAUGGAAUUCAGAAGAAUUUGUGGAUGACUUCAAACAGGAACUGAAAACAGAAGAAAAGCUGUCCAUUAUUCAUAAUAUGAGAUCUUUCUGUGAAUCAAACAUUUUAUAUCUAGCUGUUUUCAACAAAUCACCAAAAUUGCUGGAGUGGAUUUUGAAGACAUGUAAAGAACUAAAAUUUAAAGUGCCAUCAUCAUUGUUUAAAAAAGCUAUAUUUGCCACAUGUGUCAUAGGCCAUUUUAAACAUUUUGUACUUUUAAUAAACAGAAUUAAGAAUGUUGAUAGCUUUUGUCAAAAAAAGUUAAAUACUCUUGUUUUAAAACCGAAAAGAAACACUAAAAAUUCAGAAAUUGAUUUUGAGGAAAUCAAAUGUUUUGGUGGAAUCAUAUGUACAGCUCAGGCUUUUAAUCAGCGAGAUAUUCUUGACUAUAUUAGUAGGCGUAUUAAGGUAAAACUAAGAAGGAGAUUCUCAUAG